AUGGCUACCCCCAAUGUUCUUACCUUUUACACUAAGGGUCGUGCUGUUGACUUUGAGGAUUGGAUCGAUGACCUCCACCUUUUCCUCCAGUGCGAUAGGGCAAACAUCCUCUCUCUAUUCGACCUCACCUCUGGUGCCUCCCCUGCCCCGCCUGCUACUGCUGACAACAGUGUUCACUCACAGUGGGCGACACGCAAUGCUGCUGCCCGUCUUGCUGUGCUCACCCAGCUCCCUGACUCUCUUCGCUUAGUUAGGGAUCACUUCCUCUCAGUUUGCCCCACCACUCUCACCGUUGACCUCCUCGAGCAGCGCCUCCUAGCAGUAGAGGACAGUAUAGUAGCUGUAGGAGCCUCUGGUGGUGACCCUCCCACCCCCGUCUUUGAGGGGUGUUCCCCCUCCCCCCUCUUGCCCUCUAUUGCUUCUGCUGCUGCUGCCGCCCUCGUUGGUUUCUACGGGGUCAGUGCUGCGUCAGCCCCUAGCGGGAGACGCCGCACCGGCAAGGGCAAAAGGGGCAAGGGAACUAGAGGGGCUAGCGGGGGCGGUGGAGGUGGUGGUGUAGGCAGUGGAGGGACUGGGGGUGGUGGUGGGAGUGGUGGCGGGGGCGGAGGCAGCGAUGGCAGCAGUGGAGGCGGAGGAGGCGGCGGUGGUGGCGGAGGGAGCGAAGGCGGCAGAGGUGGCGGAGGAGGCAGAGGUGGCGGAGGCGGCGGAGGCGGCAACGGCGGCGGCGGUGGAGCGGGUCGCGAAUCUGCGCAGAGGAGUGGGUCCGGUGGUGGCAUUGAGGCUACUGCUCUAGGUGCUGGUGAGACUGCUGCUCUAGGUGCUAGUGCGUCUGCUGCCCCAGGUGCUAGUGCGUCCGCUGCCCCAGGUGCUGGUGAGUCUGCUCUCUCAGGUACUACGCCCGCUCAGGCCUUACACACCUUCACCCUUGACUUGGGUGCGUCCUGCUCUUUCUUUCGAGACCGCACCAUGCUUACGCUGCUUAGUCGGCCGGCUGGAGUCUCCCUGGCGGACCCCUCUGGGGGUCCUAUCCUUGCUAGCUUCUCCACUGUCUUACCGUGCCCCGCAGCCCCCACUAGCACCCUGUAG